AGGGUCUUGGCUGGCUGCCGUCCGUGAACCGUUUCGAUUUCAACACCUUUUUUUAAAUUCUCGGGCCACAUUGUUCAGGGUUCAUUCCUUUGGAAAACCCGUCUUUAUUAUUUUUUCCAUUUUUCUUUUUUUUAAUUCUCGACACGACGUCUCGGAUUUUUCUACUUUCUUCUCCUUCUUUUCCCUUCUUUCACGCUCUUUUGUCACAUUUGCCCACCCCCGGCUUUUCGCCACCUUUUGGUAAUCCACGUUGUGGCCACGGUAGCGUUGGCAUUUUCAGCUUUGCGCGCUCGCGACGUCGACAUUGGACUCGAAACUCUAUUCUAAACUCGUUCGCUCUCUUUUCUUUCAUUCUUGGAAACCUCGACACUCUUUAUACACCAGUUUUUAUUUUCUCCGGCAACACGUCGGCCACUUUGUACCCCGCGAUUCGAUUCACUUCGUCAGAUACCUGCAGCCUCGGACCGUCGCGCUAUACGCCUCGAACCCAGACACACUUUUCUCUACCUCAUUGACCAAUAUCACGUCUGCAAAAACACUCUUUACGAAUUCCUUGACGCUCUGCGACCCGCUAGAGCUGUCAAUCAUCGCCGAACCGUCUUCCUAUGGGUGCCCGCGCGCGUAGAAGAGGAUCGCCCAAAGCCAAAGGUCUCCCUUCGCUGAAGAUCAAGACCAACGGAACAGCAGACGACGACAAGAUGAACGGCGGUGUCGAGAUGCGCCGCAAGGCUGCGCUCCCGCAGGACUCGGCCUCAGUUGCUCAGAAUCUCAUGUCUCGCGAAAACUUUAGCCUCGACGAUCCCAUUCCCAAGACACCGACUCCGAAUGACGUUGGCUUUUUCGAACUCCCCCUUCAGGACCAGCGAAACUUUUUGCUGCUGGUUCUUCUUUACUUUCUUCAAGGUAUCCCCAUGGGAUUGGCCAUGGGGUCUGUGCCUUUCCUUCUUAAGAACCACAUGUCGUACGCCGAGAUGGCUACUUUUAGUCUUGCGUCAUACCCUUACUCGCUGAAGCUCUUCUGGAGUCCCUUUGUCGACGCUAUUUGGAGCCCCAAGAUUGGUAGACGCAAGACCUGGAUUGUGCCCAUCCAGUUCCUUUCUGGAUUCGGCAUGCUCUACCUCGGCUCGCAUGUUGAGGAAAUGAUGGAAACUGCUGGCAAGCCCGGCGGUAUUACUGUCUGGAACUUUAUGAUGUGGUGGUUCUUCCUAAUUCUCAUGUGUGCCACUCAGGAUAUCGCCGUCGAUGGCUGGGCCUUGACUCUGCUCUCCCCAGGAAACGUCUCGUACGCUUCGACCGCCCAGACCGUCGGCUUGACUGCCGGCCAGUUUAUGUCCUACACCGUCUUCCUGGCUCUCAACGCCGCCGACUUUGCCAACAAGUGGUUCCGUGCCGUCCCCCGCGACGAAGGAUUUAUUUCUCUGGGCGGCUACCUCACCUUCUGGGGCUGGGUGUACAUCAUCGUCACCAUUGGUCUUGGCUUGCUGAAGCGCGAAGAAAAGGCCGAGAACGAGGACGGUGUCUGGGAUGUCUACCGCAUCAUGUGGGGUAUUCUGAAGCUCAAGAAUGUUCAGACUAUCCUGAUUGUCCACCUGAUUGCCAAGAUUGGCUUCCAAGCCAACGAAGGUGUCACCAACCUCAAACUCCUCGACAAGGGCUUCGGCAAGGACAACAUGGCCCUCACCGUUCUGAUCGAUUUCCCAUUCGAAAUUGGACUGGGCUACUACGCCGGCAUGUGGUCGCAAAAGUACACCCCAAUGAAGCUGUGGUGCUGGGGAUUCAUGGGCCGCCUCGCCGCUGCGCUUUUUGCCCAAAUCACCGUCGCCAUCUUCCCGGCCGACGGCGUUACCACCUGGUAUCUUAUUGUCGUUAUUCUCGAACACAUUGUUUCCACGUUUACCAACACCGUCAUGUUUGUCGCCGUAUCCGCCUUCCACGCCAAGGUCUCGGAUCCUGCCAUUGGCGGCACCUAUAUGACUCUGCUUGCCACCGUCUGUAACCUGGGAGGAACAUUCCCUCGUUACUUUGUUCUGCGUUUGGUCGACGCCUUUACCGCGGCCACGUGUGAACCCGGCAAGUCUGGCUCAACUUCACAGCUCAAGGGCCAACUCAUUACCGAACCCUUCUCAUGCGCGCUCCAGGCCGAAAAGGAGAGAUGCAUAAAUGGCGGCGGUACUUGUAACAUGACCCGCGACGGAUUCUAUGUCGUCAACAUUCUGUGUGUCAUGUUUGGCGCCGCUACAUUCUUCUGGUACAUCCAGCCCAAGGUUCUGCAUCUCCAGAGUCUACCUAUGCGUGCUUGGCGCUUAGUUGGAGGAGGAAAAUAACGCUUGUAGGCGUAUGUGGGAGCAUUAGCAUUGUUUUUUUGGGAAGUAAUUUGUAAUAAAGGCAAAACGGAUGGUCUGUGUGUGGUGGUUGACGGACUUGUUAAUACAUUGACUAUGUACCAUAUAGAUCAUAUAUGAAUAGAAUGACAAUGAAGUAAUACGGGCAUGCACAUUUGGAUGACAGGGUGAUGAGAGUGACAAUCUAAAUUUCCG